AUGGAUUUCAUGGGUGGUCUUCCGAAGAUGUUGGGGAAGUUUGAUUCUAUCUGGGAUAUUGUUGACAGGUUGACUAAGACAGCCAAUUUUAUUUUGGUGCGGAUAACUUACAACGCGGGGAAAUUAGCCAAGAUCUACAUUCACUUUGGUAGUCAAUGGGAUCAGUUCUUACCAUUGGCAGAGUUUGCAUAUAGUAAUAGCUACCACUCAAGCAUUGACAUGGCUCCAUUUGAGGUGUUGUAUGGAAAAAGGUGUAGGUCUCAUAUUGAUUGGUUCGAUGCAUUUAAGCUAAGAACUUGGAGUACAAACCUUCUGAGGGAGUCAUUAGAGAAGGUGAAGGUGAUUCAAGCUAAGCUUCUGGCAGCACAGAGUAGGCAGAAGGGGUAUGCGGACCGUAAAGUCUGA